UUCUCACGUGUUGGCCUCCUUUGGCUGGUUCCCAGAUUCCCAUCCUACUCUCUCUCUCUCUCUCUCUGUCUCCGGAGCUAGACCCGGAGGAGCUUCCUGUUUGUAGGGUUUGCCGCACGGCGAGCGCCGAAAAAAAAAAACGUCCUUCCUCGGUUUAUCUGACGCGGCGGCGACAGCGGCAGCGCCACCACCUUCCACUAUGGCGGCGUUGACUUCCCCCGCGGCCGACUCGGGCAGGGACGAACUCGUCGAUCUGAUCCAGAGGUUCGUGGAAUCGCUCGCGGAGGUGUGCGAACGUCUUCCCUUCCACGUCCAUCGCGAGAAGCUUCGUUCCAUCACAACUCUUGCUGCUCUUGCCAUUGCAAUUAUCUUUGCUUGGAAUUUUCUUCACCCCUCUAAUUUGCAGCUGACCCUGGGGCAAUUAGUAAGGCAAAGACUUUGUGAAGGGAGGAAGGUCACUUGUCGGUUGCUUGGUGUAAUUCUUGAGGAGACUAGUCCAGAGGAGAUCCAGAAGCAUGCAACUGUGAGAUCUUCUGUGCUAGAAGUAUUAUUGGAGAUCGCAAAACACUGUGAUCUUUAUCUCAUGGAAAGGAUUCUCGAUGAUGAAGCGAGGGUUCUGUCAACUUUGAAGGAUGCUGGAGUUUUUACAUCUGGUGGUCUGGUUACUGAUAAGGUUCUCUUUUGCAGCACUGAAAAUGGGUGCUCAUCUUUUGUGCGGCAACUGGAACCUGAUUGGCAUAUUGAUUCAAAUCCUGAGAUCAUAUUCCCAUUGGCUAGGUUCAUCAAAUAUGAACUGUAUAUUUCGCCAAGCAGACCUGAACGUACAGCUUCUAAUGUUUUCACCUCGACAAGCUUGGAGCAGUUCUUUGGUGUUUCAGCUUGAGGCUAAUAUGUAAGUUUUUGAUUAAUAUGCCAUCACAUGUAAAAUUGUUUCCUUCUUAUGUAGUUUUACUUUUAAGGUGUCAUGACCCACAAAAUAUAUUCUUGCAUGCUGACCACCCAACCAGAUGAAGCUGGGACGUGCGCUCCAGUUUGUUAAGUUUUUAUGUCUGAGUGCACAAAAUUUUUGAACUUGAUACUAUAUCAUCUUUAUCCUGCCACCACCAAAAACUAAAAUGAACCAUUUUUGCUUUAGAGGUUCAGAUUCCCUGACUUUCCUGUCAGGAUUAUGUUACAUCAGAUGGUUGUCUUGGUGUUUUGUAGAUUAAAGGUCCAUUGAUCUGAAAGGAUGUUGUCAGAGCUACAAUUUGUAACUUAAAGCGUGUUUGUGGAAGAGCUAAUUUUUCUAUUUUAAAUAUGCACAACAAAAUUACUACGAGGGUACAAGGCCUAUGAUAUCUGACUUUCCCCUGGGGCCAUUAAUUUUACAUGUGAUGGUGACAUUGGGGUGAUUUGUACUGUAUCCUAUACCGUAGUCUGUAUGGUACUUUAUUGUAAGAUCUAAUGCAGUCUAUUCAGGUUUUCGCUUCA